UGAGCUGUCCGAUAACUUCGUAAGCAUAGUGCAUUUUGGUGGAGAGCGAGCACACGCUGGCACAAAAUCAGCUAUCAGUACGCUGUCUCUAGCAAGCGUAAUGGCGUCUCUCCGUCUUCCUACUGCCUCGCGUCCUGCGUUUAGAGUCCCCAUCACGGCAGCAUCGGCUCCUCUGUCUCUACCAGCCUUCGCGACUCAAAACUCGGUCAAAUUCACCAAGUGGGUUCGGUCUAAGUCUUUCAAUCUCGUGCUCUCAGGGGCUCUCACGGUCGGUCUCUCUCUCGCAGGAAUUGGAGUUGCAGAGGCAAAGGUUGGGGUCAACAAGCCCGAAUUGCUUCCUAAAGAGUUUAGUCCAGUCAUUGAUGUAGCCGGGUUCCUGUCUGAUGGCCAGGAGAAAAGACUUGCUCAAGAGAUAGAUGAUAUUGAAAAGGAUACUGGGUUCAAGUUGAGAGUUCUGGCCCAGAAUUACCCCGAAACACCAGGGCUGGCGAUUAAAGAUUUUUGGCAAGUGGAUGAUAGAACUAUUGUCUUUGUUGCUGACCCUACUUUUGGCAAUAUAUUGAACUUCAAUGUUGGGGCGUCUAUUGAUCUGGACAUUCCUCGUAGCUUUUGGAGCAGAUUGGCAGGGAAAUACGGAAAUAUUUUUUACUGGAAAGAGAAGGGGGAAGACGCAUCAAUUGAAGCAGCUGUAAUGGCAAUAUCUAAUUGCUUGAAAGAACCUGUAGGCCCAAAUAAUUGCUCAGAGGGCACAUGCAUAUAUCUGCCCCAUCUACCUGCUCUGCAGAAAAUAAUUUGCUGUAUAUCAUAAGCAUUCCAUUAUCACAUUCUUUUACCUGUUGCACCGAGUGAUCUUCACAUGAUUAGCAUGCCACUCUUUUUUGUCUCAAAUAUCUGAACAAUUGUGUAGUCAAUCAUAGGUUAAAGUUGAACAAUUGCUUCUUGUACUGUUUUAAGUGUGAACAUUCAUUGAUGCAAUGUAUUGGUGAAGUAAGUACAAAUAUA